CAUCACCGCGGGGACUCCGGCCAUGGGUGCUUCCGGCUCUUCGGCGCUGGCGCGUCUCGGCCUCCCUUCGCCCCGGGUCCCCGGGCAGCCCCGCUCCACCUGGCUCGGCGUCGCGGCGCUGGGCCUGACCGCGGUGGCGCUGGGGACCGUGGCCUGGCGUCGUGCGCGCCCCAGGAGGCGCCGGCGGCUGCAGCAGGUGGGCACCGUGGCCCAGCUCUGGAUCUACCCGAUCAAGUCCUGCAAGGGGGUGGCGGUGAGCGAGGCGGAGUGCACCGCCAUGGGGCUGCGCCACGGCCACCUGCGCGACAGGUUUUGGCUUGUGAUCAACGAGGAGGGGAACAUGAUCACUGCCCGGCAGGAACCUCGCUUGGUCCUGAUUUCCCUGACUUGUGAGGAUGACACCCUGACUCUUGGUGCAGCCUACACAAAGGACCUGCUGCUGCCCAUCAGACCACCUGCCACAAACGCAGUGCGCCAGUGCAGGGUGCACAGCAUGGAGGUGCAGGGCAGGGACUGUGGUGAGGCUGCAGCUCAGUGGAUCACCAGCUUCCUGAAGACACAGCCCUGUCGUCUGGUGUACUUCGAGCCCCACAUGCAACCUAGAAGUUCUCAGGAAAUUAGGACUCCGUUCAGGCCCACGGACAAGGUGGCCUAUUCAGAUGCCAGUCCAUUCUUGAUCCUUUCUGAGGCAUCCUUGGCAGAUCUCAACUCCAGAAUGGAGAAGAAAGUGAAAGCUUCUAACUUCAGGCCCAACAUUGUCAUUUCAGGAUGUGGUGUCUACGAGGAGGACUCCUGGAAUGAGCUUCUCAUUGGGGAUGUGGAACUGAAAAGAGUGAUGGCUUGCUCCAGGUGCAUUUUAACCACGGUGGACCCGGACACUGGUGUCAUGAAUAGGAAGGAACCUUUGGACACACUGAGAAGUUACCGCCUGUGUGACCCUUCGGAACAAAAGUUCUAUGGAAAGUUACCCCUCUUUGGGCAGUAUUUUGCUCUGGAAAACCCAGGGACCAUCAAAGUGGGAGACCCUGUGUACCUUCUGAGUCAGUAGUGGGAUCUGUAUGCUCUGGAGUACUGGAUGCCUCUUUAAAAGGUCUUUAAAAGUGACAUUACUUGAAACACA